UCUGGUUUGCUUCUGAUCGAAUCAUUAUUUUGCCGUUCAUUAUAUAUAACAAAAAUUUAAUAUUUACCAUCCCGAUUAUUUUCCUUUACCGAAACUAAUUGUAUGUGUAGUUUUAACACAACGAGGUUUUAACAACCUUUAAAGUUAAAAAAACUAUUUAAUAUUAUAUACUUACCACUAUAUAGAUGCACAUUUUGUAAAUACGGAAUAUUCAAGAUACCAAAAUGUUAACUAAAUCUGGAAAUUAGUAAUGAAUGUUAAAAUUCAGCCUAAAAAUAUGAACCAUGGUUUUCUUGGCGUAAAAACUUACACAGUGAGAAGGUGCUGAUAACCUAUUAUUAUGACUGCUCGAAGAAUAUUCGGUUUGAAUAAGUUACAAAGAAUUUCACACGAGUAUCAGAGUAAAUGGAUUACAUUUACUGAUAAAAUAAAAAAUUUCGAAACACCGGAAAGGUUUAAGGAUACAUUCGUGGAACGAUGGGGAAAGUACUGGCGCAAUGUUUACCUCGAUUACCAAGAAGUCGCCGUAGACGUAGUAAAGCAUUGCAAAACUUAUCCAAUUCGUGCUUCUGUCAAAGCUGGACUUCUAGGUGGAACUUACUAUUUAGUCAAAAAUAAUCCUGAUGAGAUUUCUUAUCGUCAAGAAUUCCUCAAGAAUACAAUGAGAGUAAUUCCUGUUGGAGAGUCAGUUCGAAAUCCAACUGCAGUGGAACACAUAAAAUUUUUGGAAAAGUGCUAUAACGAAAAUGUCGUUCGGCACUUGAACUUAGGAAUAUUGUCUCUGAUAUGGAUCGAUGAUUAUGACAAUAUGUGUGCUAAUUAUCGAGCAACAUGUACAUAUUUGCGGCCUAGAUACGUAACUUUUUAUGAAAGAAUCAUAGACAUUGGUUUCCUCAACACUUGGUGGAUUUGGGAAGAUAAAAUGCGAGAUUACGAUGUGAACGAAGAAGAAUUCAAAAUUCAUGACUCUUGAUCAUACGCAUUAGACACCUCUAUAUUGAAAAUAGAAAGUUGUAAAAAACCUGCUGGAAAUACAUGAGAGGCCCUCCGGUUAUGCUUGGUAUAAUCAUCGGUCAAUUAUUCAAGACGCUGAAAAGAUAAUUGAACACAAUAAAUUUUUAUAUAAUUCAA